CCGCGCUCCCGUAGCUCGCCCCCCGGCACCGCCAAGUGCCCCCAGCGGCGGAGGGAGGAAGAGGAUGGAGGGGGAGCGACGCCCCAGCCCGUGGCAGACGGCAGUAGGCGCUGGGGUGGGAGGGACGCACCUCUGCCCGCGGCGACGCUCCGGGCCCUGCCCGUCCCUCUCCGCGGGGAGAGGCGUUGGGCCCGUGAGGCGGAGGGGGCGGAGAGGCCCCGCCGGUGCCGCCUAGCGCAAUGUCACAUUCACCCAUCGCCCCCCGGCUUCGCGGCUGCGAGCUCCGCUUGGCCCGCCCCAGCCGCGGGUAACGGCGGUGUGCCCGGCUGCUGCCCAGCGCCCUCGGCCCGGGAGAGCAAAGAGGAGCGCCGUCGUGCAGUUCCUGCUUGGGGAAACUGUGCGUGGUGUGUGCGUGUCCCGCAGUGUCCUGAGGGAGACACGGGGCAGAGACGCGGUGCAAUCUGUCACACAGGUCUCGCUGCUGCCGGUAGUUUCUUCUCUUUGCGUUGCCUUGCGCUGAUGGUCGUGGGAGAGGGAUCGUUCUGGUCAUGUCCAGCCGCUAAAAGGGUUUUUUGCUGCGUUUUAAUAACACUUAUGCUGUCUUCCAAACUAUAGAUUUACAUGUAUUUUUCUUCCUCUAGGUAUCUUUUGAGAAGCCACUUGAUCCAAUAUGGCUUUGAUUAGACAAAAAAGUUUCCAGUUCUAUUCAUCCAGCACACCGGCAAGCAGGUCCAUUUUGAUGACCCUAAGCAAAAGGUUGAGCUUUAUCAGUGGACAGCGAAAGCCCCAAAACUGUAGCUCCAUAGCCAUGAGGAUGGUAUGUUUCAAAGAUAAAUCUCCAUAUAUAUUUUGUAGAAAAAAACACAUACAACUGCAGAUACAGUCUCUUUCUCCUAAUGAAACUGUGCAUCUUUGUGGAGAUACUGGGAGCAGUCCUAAAUCUGAUAAUGGGUGGAUGGAUGAACAACUAUUUUUCAGGAAGUUGAACGGACUUUGUACAUCGAAAGAGAUUUUUGACUUUCUUAGCUCUCUGGAAAUCAUGUCUGAUACUAUGGCAUCAGGAGCCCUGCAGAGGAUUUCUGAAGUUGAGGUAGAUGAUAAUGGUCUGAAAAACCCAGGAGGAGUGUUAGAAAAUGAAGUUUUCAGGGCAUUAUGCUUCCAGUUUGAAUUUGAAUCCUCAAAACUGUCAAACACCGGGCUGCUGAAUGCAUUGCAAGCUUUGGUAAAACUACGUAUAGAUCCCCAGAGUACACUGAUGGCAAACUUGCUUUCAGAGGGUGAGCAACGGCUUGCUAAAGGACAGUUGACUCUUACAAAUCUGUGUGCUUUUGGAGAGAGUUUGCUUCAGUUGGAAGGCCCAAGUAGUGUGACACUGGAACAAAUUGUGAACCACAUACAAAAAAAAGACAUUGAGAAGUGGAGCCCUAGGGAAAUGGUGAUGGUUUAUAAGAUGCUGCAGGUGACUGUCAGGGAAAGGGAACAAUACCAAGACUUGCUAAACAGAAUGAACAGUGUCACUUUGACCAUAGUUUCCCAGCUGAGCCCAAAGUUCACAAGCAUAAUACUGAAUUCACUGGUUGCUCUUCAUCAGACUCAGGCAUUUCCCUUAGUGACAGCACUGUGUAAGCAUUCUGUGAAGCAUAUUCCAUAUUUCACAGGUGAUGAACUGCUGAAUGUACUGGAAGCCUUCCUAUACUUUGAACAUCGUGAACAAAUUUUUACAGAGGCACUGGAAACAUAUGUUCCCAAGUCCAUCUUUACCAUGCAUCCUCAAACAGUCAGCAAAGUCAUGCAGUAUUGCUGCCGAAAGACGAUCCUUUCUAAGCCUAUCUUUGAUGCAGUGGCAGAAGGUUUCAUUUCCAGUGCUGACAGAUUUACCACUGACCAGAUUGCUGAGUAUAUUAUACCAUUUGGGACUCUUAACUAUCUUCCUCCCAGUGCUUCGUCCCUGUUUAGGAAGCUUGAAACCGUACUGCAUACUCGCUUUAGUCAGUUUCAGCCUCACACCUUGCUGAACCUGCUGCACUCGUGUGUCCUUAUUCAACGUUAUCCAGUAAAUUUUCUGCCAAAAAUAUUUAGUCCUUAUUUUCUGCAACAGCUUCAAGCUCAGCCACCUGGUUUGGACAGAAUUGUUACCUGCCAGCUAACCCAGCUUUUUCUGACUGUUACCCUGGAGUGCCCAUUUUAUGAGGGUCCCAAACUCCUUCCAAAGUAUCAAGUAAAGGCCUUUCUCAUGCCUCACAGUUCCCUGGAUGUUCACCUCCUCAAAAGGGUGAAGACUGGAUUACUUUAUUUACUGAAAAAAAGAAUAUAUUUUGCAUCAGAGGUAUCAACACCAUAUUUCUAUACAGUUGAUAUUGAGAUUAAAUUAGAUGAAGAAGGUUUUGUAUUGCCUGCUACCCAAUGUGAAGAGGUACACAGACGAAUUGCCCUCUGUGUUGAUGGUCAAAAUAGAUUUUGUGUUAAUAGCCACAAUCUGUUGGGAGAAGAAGCUAUUAAACAGAGACAUCUUCAGUUACUUGGUUACGAAGUUGUGCAGAUUCCAUUUUUUGAGAUAGAGAGUCUACAGAAUUGCAGAAAAAUGGCAGAAUAUCUACACGAAAAAAUCUUUCCUCACACAUACGGAUGCAGCUGCUGACACUGGAGAAUACUACUAAAUCAGAGGUUGACCUCCUGUACUAUUAAAGUGUAAAUAUUGUGCAUGGAAGAACAAUUCUGUUUUCUAAAUAACUCCACCUAAGAUAAUGUGAGCUUCUGAAUGUGAGACCUUCCAAUAUUUGGAACAAUUGACAUGUAAAGAGUAAUAAAGAGCAACAUAUUUUCUUAGGUUUUGUGUAAAUAUUUAUUGUAAGUUAAGAGAUGUAGGUGCCAGACAGCCGGUGCUGUGUUUCCUUUAUAUUUUCACUGGUUCUAACUAAGAACUGCAAAUGGACAGAUGUGACUGCAAGGAUACUGGCUGGUGCUGAAUGUACAGAAUGUGCCAUGCUACCUAUCAAUCAGGGCUCUUCUUGACAGUAUAAAAAGAAAUUGUGCAAUUUACUCAUGGCUGUUUGUGUGAUUUCCCAAGUGUUUCAUAAAACUAAAAUUUGCAGUAGUUGCACAAGCAGUAUUUGCUUAUUGCUCAUACUUAGAGAUGUAGAGUGCUGUUCACUAAGUCGCAAUGCCUUACA